UAAAUAGUACCGAUUCUUGCCUUCGGCCUUCGCAAUUGCGCUCGCAACCAAAGCAGUUACAUUCAACACAACAGGAAAAAGAUUCAAUAGAGCAUCAAUUUGCGGCGAAGAUGAGCUACUACAACCAGCAGCAGCCGCCGGUGGGAGUUCCGCCGCCACAAGGUUACCCCCCCGAGGGAUAUCCGAAGGACGCUUAUCCGCCGCCGGGAUAUCCACCACAGGGAUAUCCUCCGCCGGCUUAUCCACAGCAAGGAUAUCCGCCUCCAUAUGCACCUCAAUAUCAGCAGCCUCCUCCUCGGCAGCAAAAUUCAUCCGGACCUGGUUGUUUGGAAGGAUGUUUGGCUGCUCUUUGCUGCUGCUGCCUUUUGGAUGCGUGCUUCUGAGAAGACAUUGUUGUGCACAGGAUGGAUUCAAGGGCGUUUAACUUGGAAAACAGUGAAAUAUUGUUACUUGUUUUACAUUGUCAUUUUUGCUUUGCGACUGCUUUAUUAUUUUAAAUAACUCAGAACUAUAUAUAAAUAUAUAUUGCUUGCACAA